AAAUCCGAUGUCAAUAUCACCUCGACAAUAACCGGAUUGUUUUCAUAGUUUAUUAAAAAUGGCUGGAAUUGUGCGGAAGUUCUUCAAAAGUAAGAAAACGAAAAAAGAAGAGCUCUUCGACGACGAUGAUGAUUAUGCAGAGCUACAACCCGGUCCAUCACCAAAACCCUAUAGAUUUACUGAAUCUGAACCUCCUGUUCCACCACCACCACCAACUACAACAACUCCAAAACUUCAUCACGAUGAAACUCUCGACCUUGACGCGACAUUUGAUCAACCAAAUCUCAAAAGGCGACGAGUUCACCUCGAUCGUUCUAGUCCAGAAAAUCAAUAUCCAAGUGAAGAUUCGAUUUACGAGUUCACCCAAUUUACACUACAAAAAUGGGAACACGAAGAGUCUCGGCGACAAGAAAAACGGAAAAGAAAGCGAGUUGCUGAGCGAAUUGAACGGGAAAAUUAUGUGCAUAAUGCUAUGGAAAAUUUCAAUUUAAAUAUGCCGAGCGUGUCGGAUGUGGAGAAGCUUCGCCGAGAACGAGAUCAAUUUAAGAAGGAAAUGGAAAAGUAUCGGAGCAAAUGUGAGAAGCUUGAGAAGAGAUGUGAGCAGUUGGAGAUGGAAAAGAAGAAUUCGGUGCCAGUUUUUCAGCCAUUCAACAGCAAUUUCUACUUUGGACCGGCGACAGCUUCAACUCUUCAACCAUUCCAACUACAACCUCCGGCUCUUCAAUUCACACACUCGUUCAACUUCACCGCAUUACCCUCUACUUCUGCACCAUUCCCACCGGCUCCUUCUGCUGCUGCUCCAGCACCUUCCCCGUUCAGCCAAAUGGGACCUGUUGGACCAAUGGCUCCACGAUAUACUGAUCCGAUCACCGUGUACGAUUACAAUGAUGAUGAUGAUACUUCGUUGAGUGAUCUGUCGAAUAGUUCGAAAAGUGAUAUUUCUGAUGAUCUCAAGUGAAACAUGAAUAAUCUACUUAUAGAAAUGUGUGAAUAUUUUUUUUUGGAUUUCCAAUGCGUGUAACAUUCGUCUUUUUAUGUUUUUUUUCAAAUUCACAAUUAAACAAUAAAUCAU